AUGGCCGAGGUAGCUGCUUCACCUACUCCCGCCCCGGCGGCCGAGAACAAGAAGCCUGAGAAGCCCAAUACCGAGCUCUUCCAAGAGCAAUUGGUUAAGGCAGAGAAGGAAUACCAGGACGCUUUUGCUAGAUACAAUGUUGUUAAGCAAAAGGUCGAGCUCGUCACGGGAAACAAGAACAAGGACACCCAGUCUCCCCUCCAAAAGCGCCGUCAGGAACUUAUCUCUCAAGCCAAUGAAAUCCGAAACAAGCAAGGCGCCGGCAAGAACACUCGCAACACCAAACUGGAUCAGAUUAAACGCCUCGACGAACAACUGCGAUCCCGAAUCGCAGAGCAGAAGAAUGCGCGUGGCAAGGUUAACUUCAAGAGCGUCGAGGAUCUCGACCGCGAGAUUGAGCAUCUGGAAAAGCAGGUCAACGGCGGCAUGAUGAAAUUGGUCGACGAGAAGAAGGCUCUGACGGAAAUAUCUAACCUCCGAAAGCAGCGCAAGAACUUUGCCCAAUUCGACACUUCACAGAAAGGAAUCGACGAGCUCAAGGCCAAGAUCAAGGAAAUCAAGGACAGCAUGGACGACCCCGAAGCCCGUGCGCUAAGCGAACAAUACACCAAGAUCCAGGCUGAGCUUGACACCAUCAAAGCAGAGCAAGAUGAAGCGUUCAAGAACCUGAAUUCUCUGCGCGACGAGCGAAGCAAGCUACAGGCCGAGCAGCAGGAGAAGUUCCAGGCUAUACGUAAGCUUAAGGAUGAGUACUACAGUGCGAAGAAAGCUUUUGGCGAGUAUGAGCGCGAAGCACGCCAACGAGCCCGAGAACGUCAGAGAGCCGAGCGCGAGCGCAUCGAAAAGGAGAAGAAGAAGGAGCGCGCACAAAAGCUGCUCCAGGAGGCCAGUGACCCUGCUUAUCUCGAAGAGAUCCGGAGAGCCAAUAGUCUGCUGCAAUACUUCGACCCGUCCUCCGCCCCUGCUGAGAAGGCUCCUCUUCUAGCUGACAGCGGUCUGAGCGCUCAAGCUUCGCGUAAGGUUGACGACUCGGGCUUAAAGGGUACUAGGUUAGUGCGAAAGGAAGACCGUGGCGACGAUUACCUACCUGCCGUGAAGAAGGGCAAGAAGGGUAAGAAAGGCAACCACGUCGAAAAGGCCGGCCAUACCGAGAAGGGCUUCAACCUUCCCCCUGCUGUUAUCGAUGACUGCUCAUUCUUGGGAAUCAACCCUCCUAUGGGCUCUGAAGACGUUGCUGCCGCCGUAGAGAAGGUCAAGGCUAAGUUAGAGCACUGGAAGUCUGACCAACAGGCCCAAACUCAACGUAACAUCGAGAAGGCUAAGAAGGAAAUUGAGAAGAUAGAAGCCGAGGAGGCUGCUGAAGCUUCCGGUACCGCAACCCCCAACGGUGUCAACGGGGACAAGAAAUCCGACGAUAAGGUGGAAGCUGUCACGUCGGAUCUAAAGGAGGCAUCAUUGGAGGAGAAGUCGGCUUAG